AUGUUCCACACGAGCAGCAAUACGCUCGCGCCCGUCAACCCUCCGGUCGCUGUGUACCCUCACAUGGUCCGCAAUGUACCCGUGACUCUCACGCUCCGGGAGAAGGCUUGGUCGCUCAGUGGUGACGACUUUUCGAUCAAGGAUGCGUCCAACAACCAGAGCGUGCUCAAGGUCAAGGGCAAGACCAUGUCGAUCCACGACCGCAAGUACAUGUACGACGCGCAGGGAAAGAUGCUCUACAACAUGGCGGACAAGAUGAUUGCCAUCCACAAGACCAUUGUCUGUGAGGGCGAGCACGGCAAGGAGAUUCUCACCGUCAAGAAUAAGUGGAGCACGGGUUCCAAGCUCAAGGGAGCCUUCCUCGACCACGAGGACAAGGAGCGCACCAUCGAGCUCCGCGGUGACAUGUUCGGCACCUCGGCCAACAUUACUUUGUCAGAUGGCACCAACCUCGCCCAUAUCUCGCGCAAGGUUAUCACUGUUGCGGACAUGGCUGCCGACAAGCAGACUUACCACGUCACAGUCGCGCCGGGCGUUGACCCGAGCCUCAUCGCUGCCGUCUGCGUCUGCUUCGACGAGAUCGAGAACGAAGAGGACAAGUAG